CACACGCGGCCCGGACCCAACAUGGCGCUGUACAGCGCUGCUGCCGCCGUGCUGGAGGGACUGGAACGCGGCGAUGGCGGGAUCAAGAGCCUGGUGUACAACAGCCGCUUCCCGCAUGUCCGGCAGCUCUACGCCCUGGUGUCCGAGACCCUGCGCUACUCCCCGGUGCUGGAGAAGCUGCUGUCCGGCUCCGCGCUGCUGCAGGCGGAGAAGAAGCUGCCCCCAAAGCUGGCGAAGGUGCUGGUGUACGACCUGCUCUUCGGUAAGGGGCUGAAGUGCGGGGGCCGCUGGAAGGCGCUGGCCCGGAGGCACCGGGCCCGGCUGGAGGCCGAGCUGGCCCGCCUGAAGGUGCAGCAGAAGGUGAGCCGCAACGAGGACCUGCUGGCCCCGGCAGCCAGCCCCACGGCCUCCCAGCUACCACGCUAUGUCCGAGUCAACACCCUGAAGACUUGUGUGGAGGAUGUGAUUGACUUCUUCAAGCGCCAGGGCUACUCCUACCAGGGCAAGGCAGACAGCAUGGAGGAACUGAGGGCCAUCUCCAAGAAGAAAUUCGCAUCGGAUCUUCAUCUCCCAGAGCUGCUAGUUUUCCCUUCACAGACAGACUUCCACAACAACCUGCUGUAUACCUCAGGACACAUAAUCCUGCAGGACAAGGCCAGCUGUCUCCCUGCCUUCCUUCUUGACCCUGCUGCUGGCUCCCAUGUCAUCGAUGCUUGUGCUGCGCCUGGGAACAAGACCAGCCACCUGGCUGCCCUCCUGAAGAACAAGGGCCAGAUCUUUGCCUUCGAUGUGGACACCAAACGCUUGGCCACCAUGAACACCAUGCUGAUGAGGGCAGGGGUCACUGGCUUCCAGCUGGCCCAGCAGGACUUCCUGACGGUGGAUCCCAGAGACCCCAAGUAUGCCAGGGUGACCCAUAUCCUCCUCGACCCAUCCUGCAGUGGCUCAGGGAUGGUGACCCGGCAACCGGGGGAGGAGGCUGCCCCCAGCCCCGAGCGCCUGCAGGCUCUGGCCGGUUUCCAGCGCAAGGUCCUGAGCCAUGCCCUGAGCUUCCCAGCUCUCCAGCGCCUGGUCUACUCCACCUGCUCGCUGCACCGGGAGGAGAACGAGGACGUGGUGCAUGCUGUGCUGCAGGAGCAGGGCUCAGCAUUCAGGCUGGUGAAUGCCUUCCCCUCCUGGCCCUGCCGAGGACUCUCCACCUUCCCAGGGGCUGAGGGCUGCCUCCGGGCCUCCCCCAUAGACACCCUCACCCAGGGCUUCUUCGUGGCCGUGCUGGAGCGCCGUGGGGAAGGGGCUGCUGCCCUGAGCUCCCUGCCAGUGGCAGCCAAGGAAAAUCUGCAACAUGGAGAGGGGACAGGAACAGCAGCAGCAGCUCCCAAGAAAAGGAAGAGGAAAAAGCAGCAGGUGAAGGAGUGAAGUAACAUUUUGGGGGCUGCAGUGCCCAGCCAGGGAUGGCAGGAAAUGCUUCUCAGUGCCAUGGGUAUCCCAGCACCAUCGGGGCCUCUCCACACCAAAGCUCUGCAGUGCUGCAGCCGUGGUGGAACCUUGUAACAGCUCACUCCCCCAGGACAUCCCUAGGGACACCCUGGAACACCCUCAGGACAUCCUGCUCCCCUGGGACACCCUGCUGCCUAGGACUGAGUGUCACCCCAUUGCCAAGGGCUGGCCCUCACAGCCUGCUCUGCCCCUAAAGCCACCACCAGUGUCCUGCAUACCCUGGUUCUGUGUCCCAUGGGGAUGGAGAGCUCCAACUUUGUCAUAUGCUUCGUCCCCCCCAAAAAAAAUUCCUGGCCUUAUGUGGGGUUUCAGCAAAACCUUUGGACUGUAAGGAUGAAACAUUAAAGAUUUUUCUCUCUUUGA